AUGACAACAUUUUCCGCCCCAGUAACCGCACCUAGAUCGAUGCCCAACAAUCAGUCUGCGUUGGCGGCAUCCUUCACCAAUUUCCUCACCGUUUCAAUACACCAAAUCUUAUUUCUCCGUUCGGUCUAUCCUCGAGCGACUUUUUUGCCCGUUCGGGCCUACAACUAUCCGGUCCGACAGUCCCGUCACCCGAAAGUGUGUGAUUAUAUCAAUGACGCGUCAAUUGCGGUCGGGACAGAGAUCUUGAAGGGCACAAUCACCGCAGUCAGUAUCAUCAUUUCAUCUCUCCGCACCAACCAGCCCCUCGAGCGAUAUGCUUUUGAUCUGUCGGGUUUCCCCCGCGUCCCCGCUGGAGAGAUCAAUACCACCUUUGAAGAUAGAAAGGAAGAUUCAUCCAAACCAGGUGCCCCCUUAUCGGAUCGGGGUUCCGCUCCUCCGCCAGUUGACCUCGAGGCGCAGUUUCGUGCCUGUCUCGCCAGAUUGGCCUCCGCUUGCGCCCGAUUGACUCCUUUGCCCCGGGAUGACGAGUUUAGCUUCACAGUCUGCAUCGAAGUUCGGGAAGAUGCCUUGCCCCCUGCGGGUACUACAACAGAAGAACAGACUUGGAUUGUGGCCGAGCCGGGCAAAGUCCAUCUCCGGUCGUGUACCGCACCGUAUUCCGUUUCCAAACUUCGAAACGGCGAGCCACAGCAGCCUCCCCCCCGAGUAUCGAACGGUCGCGCCAAAACGGUGCCUGUACGACGUGUAGAAGCCGGUGAGCUUCGUUUGGAAUUAUGGGUGGAAGAGGCACGACAGAAAUUUAAUGAGCCGGUGGAUUCAGAACAUCCCCCAUGA